UACAAUUCUACCAACAAUUCUGCGCAAGCCAACAGAAUUUCGUUAUUGCGAACGAACGAAAAACGCAACAUAGUGUGACAGUCGGACACUCGCAGCAGCCUGUGCCUAUCUGUAGCGGCAAUGAGACUGCCGCCGCCGCCACUGCGACGCGCGUGAUAAAUCCAUGUCAAUUCAGUACAUUCAAGUCAACUACUACGCCGGGUAAUAGGGCGGCACUGCCGCCACCGUCAGAUGCGGCCUCUCUAGACCUGACCGGUCUCAAUCUAGGACGUAGUCGCGAAUUAGGCUCUAAUCGUAUCGCGGAGAUUAAUCCUGCAACUACAUCGCGCGACUAUUAUCAACCGACGAUGGGUAGAACGCGUGAGAGGAGCCCGAACACGGCGUCCCGUCAACUCGAUAAGCAGAGCUAUUUUUUUCAUGGGCAUAAAACUGAGAAAGACGUAGAUCGCAAAGUUGUGAUGUUUGAGGAUUUAGGAACAAAGGGUGUUUUAAUGGAUUACGUUCGAUUGGCGGACGACACCGCAGCGAUCUCGGGCGGCUCAAUGAAUUGCUUUGGUGGGCCGGAUAAAGAGAAAAGCUACGUUGAUUAUGACGAUGAUAAGAAACACAGGUGUCUUGCGACGAGCAGCGUACGACGUCUCACUCACGAGAUGCAACGUGACUCAGGAAACGUGGAAUUUCUUGAGAAAGAGGGUGAAAUCUUUAAAAAGAGUAGUAAUGAGUUUUUGCAGGAUACCUUAACUAGCAAACGUAGAAACUUCUCUUUUCGCAACAAGGAUAAAACGCAUAAAAGCUUGGAGUCGCUCGAGAAAAAUAUCCAUAUACCAGCUGUAGAUUGUAAAAGUCUAGAUCUUUUGCCGGAAGAGCAAUCUAAAACUUUUUUUCAUGGUAAACAGAGGAGUUUCGAUUUGCCACAGAAGAAGUCUGUCGAUUCAACGACGAACAAGACACGCAAGCGGCUUAACUUCUUACAACGAGUCGGUAGGAGCUUGCAUUUUUUACCCAGGGAGCGCGAGAAACGCCAGGAUCUCUCGAAACGAGAGGAACGCACGAUUAAUAAUCAAUAUCCUCAAACUGAUCUAGAGAAAUGCGAAUAUUUUUUACAGAGGCAUCAGAAAAACGUAGAUUUUUUUGAGGGUACGCCAAGCGCGUUGGUCAAUCGUGCUCCCGUCCAAUCCAAUCUCGGUUCUUUUGAUGUAGUAGAUAGUACUGUUGAACAAAACUCUACUAGUCGUCUCAAAGAUGCGCAGCUCAAGGAUACGUUUCACACGAAACAGAAUUUAAAUAAUUCUAUAAUGGUAGAUACCGAAAAUAAUAUAAAACAGAAUAAUUCGGAUAAUGCGAAUAAAUCGUUGGUGCGAUCCGACAUUUCGGCCAAUAUCGAAUUAACUUUAACGAUGCAAUCGAGACUUCCAUUCGAGAGUCCCAUAGCGAGUGUCGUCACACAAGAUACUGUGAGCGGCAACAAAGACAGCUUAGACAUCGGAUACUCCAUCAGUGAACUUGGUAGACUUUACUUACAUACUCUGCAAAAUAUUGAUCAUGCAGAUGGUUUGCGACCUCUGGAAAACGUGGCUGACGCGACCGAGAAACGAAACCGCUACAUAGAAUGGGAUAUACAAAUGAAGAAAGACUAUGAUAUACUGAGCCACGGUAUGAAUUCAUGUGAUCUGGCUCAUAAUAAACCGGAGGGUAACUUGGAAAUUCUUAUAAAUAUCCUACUCGACAUUUUCGUCUGGAUUUGCAUUUGAAAGCAGUUGUAAGGCAUCUUUGGAGGAAGUUUUGAAAAACAGACGCAUCCUCUUACAUCACGUACCGAGCGAUCUCCGUUAUAUAUUUUCAUAUGGAAAACAACUACAAAAUUAAGAUUUCGAUGGUCAGAGAUGUGCUUCAGAAAUGAAAUAUUUUUUACCAAGAAAUAUGUAGAAUGAGCGUGAUUUUUAUACUGAAUAUUUUUCGCGAUCUGCGCAUUUUCAUGCGUAUAUUUUCAUACAAUAUUAAUAUUUAUAAUAGCUAUUUAUAUAUUUUCUCUAUACACUGUCGACUUUAUCUAUGACAUAUAGUCAUAACAAUCUCAUUGAAAUCGUGGCUAUCUAUAAACAAACUACAAGAUUGCCUUAGAUUGCAGGUAAGAAUGAAAUUAAUUUAUAGAUCGCAUCAUUGUGGUGAUCAUGAAAUGCCUCGAGCCAAUACGCGAUUUUUUCUAUCGUGCAACAUAUAUGCUGUAUGUGUAACCAUAUAUUAGAUUUGAUAAUUUUGUAUACUGCGACUUCUCACACAUGCAUAUACAGAAUCGAUGGCGCUCUUUAAUACUUGAGAAACGCAUCGCGAAAUUUUAAUGACGUGUAUUCUUGCCGUAUAAUAGGUACGAAAUUGGUUUUUUUGUUUGUUUCGUCCUCUUAUUAGGUUCUACUCUAUUUAGAUUUUAUUCUACGAUAGCGAUUGAUAAGUAUCCACAUACCAAACUAUAAUAAUAAUUAACAUAUAUUAUGCAAUCAC